UCCCUUUCUUCCCUGUUAAGCAUGCAAAAGUUUUUAUAAAAACUUUUUCAAUUUCCAAGCUUUUAUUCUUUUCCAAGAAUCUUCAACACUUUAUUAUAUACCUUCCUCUCCCACUCCCCUCUCUCUCUAUACACUCCAUUCUCAAUUCUCUCACACUUAAAAGCAAAAAUUUAACAAAAAACAAAAGCAAUGAGGAAGAAAUCAAACUCAAAUUCGAACGGCGACAUUCCGCUCAUCGGUUCAUCAGUAAUUCCCUUAAUCAAUAAACUUCAAGACAUUUUCUCACCACUCGGCGACAUCGAUAAUCGUCUUACCGGUCUCCGACUACCGCAAGUGGCGGUGAUUGGUAGUCAGAGUAGCGGUAAGUCGAGUGUACUUGAAGCUUUAGUUGGUCGUGAUUUUCUACCGCGUGGUUGUGAUAUUUGUACUCGUAGACCGUUAGUUCUUCAGCUUGAGAAGUGUUGUGAUGAUGGGAUUGGUAGUGAGAGUUUUGAAUGGGGCGAGUUUGGUCACCUUCCGGACAAACGGUUCUACGAUUUUGAUGCUGUUCGCCGUGAAAUUCUGGAGGGAAAUGAUGCUGACAAGGUUCCAGCAUCAGCGGGCCACAAGUCCAUAGCAACUGUAGCCAAAUUUCUGAAUGGUGCUUUACCUAGCCAGGUGGGUCGACCUCAAUCUGACAAUGAUAGAGUGGCGGCAGCAGACAUUUUCUCACCACUCGGCGACAUCGAUAAUCGUCUUACCGGUCUCCGACUACCGCAAGUGGCGAUGAUUGGUAGUCAGAGUAGCGGUAAGUCGAGUGUACUUGAAGCUUUAGUUGGUCGUGAUUUUCUACCGCGUGGUUGUGAUAUUUGUACGCGUAGACCGUUAGUUCUUCAGCUUGAGAAGUGUUGUGAUGAUGGGAUUGGUAGUGAGAGUUUUGAAUGGGGCGUGUUUGGUCACCUUCUGGACAAACGGUUCUACGAUUUUGAUGCUGUUCGCCAUGAAAUUGUGGAGGGAAAUGAUGCUGACAAGGUUCCAGCAUCAGCGGGCCACAAGUCCAUAGCAACUGUAGCCAAAUUUCUGAAUGGUGCUUUACCUAGCCAGGUACUGCUGGUCUGCUUUUGAGGUUCAGGGGUAAUCUUCAUCUGUAUUACGGUAGUGUUGCAGUCUACAAAAUACUAAACCUAAAAGCAAAUUUAAGGAUCUCCAAAAUUUUGGAAGCUUGUUUGCUUUGGUGUUUUUGUUUUUGUGUUUUCUGGUUGUAUAAUCUAUGGUGUCUUUAUGUUUUGUCUUCCUUGUCUUGAGCCGGGGGUCUAUCGGAAAUAGCCUUGCUGCGUACAUCUUACCUUCCCCAGACCUCAUUAUGUGGGAAUACACUGGGUUUGUUGUUGUAUUUGCAGCGUACAUGGAUUAUUCAUAUAUAAUAUAUCCACAAGCUAUUUUUAGCUUAAGCA